AUGAAUGGCAAUAAUUGCGAGAAAAAGCUGGAAAAUUGUGAAAAUAAUGAUAAAGAAGAAGACGUGGAUGUUAUGUGUGGUUGGGGUGAAUGGAGGCCACAGUGGUUACAGAGAUUUGGAACUCCCGUUUGGUAUAUGGUUUUCUCAAACAUAUUGGGCAUAAUUCAGGGAGCAAUGGGAAUGUAUGGCAUCGGUGUUAUGACUACCAUUGAAAAGAGAUUUGAAUUAAACAGUAAACUCAUGGGUUUGGUGAUGAUUGCCGACAAUUUUAGUCCAAUUAUUUUUAGUCCCAUAAUUGGCUAUUAUGCCAGUCAUGUUCACAGACCGCGAUUGAUAGCAAUUGGUAUGUUUGUUGUGGUCAUCGCUUGCUAUAUGUCUGCAAUGCCUUACUUUAUAUACGGACCGUCGUAUCAUUUACUGAGUGAUCACUCAAUGAAAAAUAAGACAAAUAAGAUUGAAUUUUGUGAAUCAAAUCGCGAUAUCAAUUGUGACGACUUAUCUACAAAAUCCAAUACAAUUUAUAUUAUAAUUAUAUUUUUUAUUUGCAAUUUCCUCAAUGGUGUGGGCAGUAAUGCCUUUUAUACGGCCGGCUUUACAUAUCUUGACGAUAAUGUAGAGAAGUCACAGUCGGCUAUAUUUUUGGGGAUCACCUAUACUGUCCGUAUGCUCGGACCUCAAUUAGGAUACUUUUUGGCCGGAUUUUGCCUCAAAUAUUGGGAAAAUCCAUUGUAUGAAGUAGAUAUAUCAGCAUCUGACCCCCGUUAUGUGGGUGCGUGGUGGGUGGGCUUCUUAAUUGUGGGCACAAUAUUACUGAUAUUUACGUUUCCGAUGGCAUUGUUUCCCAAAAGAAUGCGCGGAAUGACUGUCAAGGGAACAGAAUCUGUGCCUAAAAUUAAAGAAUUUCCUCAAAAGGCCGUAAAGUUAUUAAAGAAUCCAAUUUUGAUACUAUUUAUAAUAACAGCUGUGCUGUCGCUCAACGCAGGAAUCGGUUAUUUUAUUUUUAGACCAAAAUAUAUAGAAAAUCAAUUCAGAAAGACAUCGUCUGAGGCCAGUCUUAUAACAGGAUCUGUUGGCACCAUAACCGGUACAUUUGGUAUAAUAGUUGGAUCAAUCAUUAUAAAUAAAUUCAAACCCAGACCUAAAUAUUUAGUCAUUUAUAUGAUUGCUCUAAACUACGUUUCCUCGGCCUCUAUGUUUUCCAUGUGGUUCAUGGGAUGCGAUAAUCCUAUGAUGGCUGAGACAUCUCUUAGUAAUAAUAAGUUAAAUUUGAUGAGUCCAUGCAAUAUGGACUGUCAGUGCUCUACCCGUACAUUUGAGCCGGUAUGCGAUGCGGACGGUGUAUCCAAUUAUUUUAGUCCGUGUCACGCGGGAUGUUCGCACCAAUUGGAUGCAACGGAUAGCUUAAUUAGAUUUGGUGGCUGUAAAUGUGCCGGAAGUAAUCAGACAGUGACCAAAGGUUAUUGUAAAUCUGAUUGUUCGGCAUUCUUGCCGUAUCUCAGUAUAGCCACCGUUGAUGGUAUGUUAUCAUCGACAUCGAGAGUCGGCGACACUCUUAUACUAUUGAGAAGUGUUGAGCCCAAAGAUAAGAGCUUUGCAUUAGGACUGUUGGCCUCUAUUCUCAAUCUUUUCUCCUUCAUACCGGCGCCAUUAGUGUUCGGCGCCCUAACCGACGCAGCGUGUGAUGUAUGGCAGCGGACGUGUGAACACACGGGUCAGUGUUGGCUCUAUAACAUCGAUCGUUUCCGCCAUUUACUGCACGGCACGACAUUCAGCCUAAUGUUCAUCUCAACCAUCAUAUCGACGGCAAUCAUAUUAUUCACGAAUCGCAUCAAAGAUUUCUACGGCAAUGACGAUAAUGAGGAGACCACUGAUGAGAUCGUCAAUACAGCAAACAGUCUUGAAUUGAAACCAACCGUUAAUAAUGUUGCAAAUUGUGCACAAAAUAAUCAUAAAAAUGACAAUUAAAUAAAUAAAUAAACAUUAAAGCUAUUUAUUUAUUAUUUUUUUAUAUUCAUAAAUCAUAUA